AUGCCCAUUGCCGGUGGACUGAAACACCAUCGAGCUCUUCCUCCACAAGCCUACUUUAUACCAGCGGUCGGGCAGCCGUGUCUGUGCGAGAAACCGCUGUAUUGGAUUGACCUCGCCAAGGGAUGUAUACUGUACAGCACUGCCGAUGGCCAUCAUUCACUGAGCACUCCCUCCUUGUUGGAGCACUCGUACCGCAUGGGCAACAUGGACAGCAUGGGACGCACUCCCUUGCCUCCCCUCCAGCUCUAUUUAUUGUCCGCCCCUGAGUACAACCCUGAGCACAACCAGCGGCAUGCUCCGAUCCAUGCUGAUGCUUGCCCAACAACUCGGACCACAGGGGCAAUGGCCUGGCUAUCCCUGUUUCGGCCAAUGGGAGCCUCACCCACACACCUGGACGUCCCUGGUUAG